CGAAACAAAUCGACGUCCUCAGCGCCCGAAGGCGGACUUUGAGUCAAAAAUACACAGUUCCGUUUCAACGUUAAUAUGCUCGAUAAGCUCGAAGAAACAACUUAGUUCAGCGAUAAGCUCAUCUUGCUCUAUUUACAUUUAUCUAAUUGACUACCCAAUAUCCGCAUCGACUUCUCUAUUCCUAUACAUCAACAAAACCAGCCACAAAAAGUACUACCAAGACCCUUCGAAAAAGCAGCCCAAUCCGUCAAGACAUGGCAGAUAGAGGAUAAUUGCAACACUUCAAUGGCUGACGCAAACGAUUGAAAAGGGGAAGGAGUAUGCAGAUUGGAGCACUCCCUUUGCACAAUUGUCCCCCCAUCAACUGUUGUCGAUGGAACGUGAGAUGGCCGUUGCAGAAGCACUUUUCACCCUACGACUUCAAAAUAUUAACGAGGCUCUUGAUGAAAACGAGCGGGAUAAAAAGUUAUCAAACAUGGAGAACGCUCUCCGGGUCAAGCUCCAUAGUGUUCGCAAGAAAUACGGGGUGGUGAUCAAACCAAGACGCCGCAAACAUGCAACUGCAUCGACAGACCCAGCGAAAUUGAUGAACCCCACGACUCUCCAAACUGUCUACGCGAGCCAUCAUUCAAGCCCUCUCAGUGACGGCAAUUCGACGACGCGUGGGAACGUAGUCCCUCGAGCAAGGCGUAAGCUGCAAGACUGGCGCGAAACGCUGCUCCAGGGUGAAACAUUUCAGAUUAGCGGCGCACGACGAGAUCGAAUGCGUAUCCACCUGCCAUUCAAGUUGGAUGUGAAAAUACCUGCGGCAGCUGACCUGCUUGCGGUUUUCCUUCAGUGUCACCUGGUUCAGGACGGAAGUCAGCACACGAACUAUUUUGCCACGGAUGCUCUGUUUGGUGACCCCGCCCGGCGACUCGGCAUUCAGAUACGGUACCAAGAGCUCGAGACAAGCUUGCGUGAGACUCGGACGGAAUGGGUCACUGCUACGGGACUUGUGAACGCGUAGAAGACUGAUCUAUUAGUUGGACUCGAACUGGGAAUGAGAACAGUGUUUUUAAGAUCGGAUAUAAAUACCUUGAAGGUACGGCAACUGGUUCGAUACCUAUUCAAUCGAAGGAUCUGACAACAAGAAGAGGUCGCCACCUUGAAAGCACGUAGACAAAUCACGGCGGUAAAUGAAGCAUAGGUAUGUUGAAAGAACACAAAUAACUAACUAGUAUUUACACAAACAAAUAGAUGAAAAUGGAAAAGGAGGCUCACGAAUUUCGGUUAAAAGUGCCAGUACAGAGUAGACACUAUUUCUAUCUCCUAGCUUGCUAUAGUUAAUCAAAAGCAUCAUAAAUAAAGGAUGUAGAAUUUAAAAAAGAAGCAUCAACUACAUAUAAUGACAUCAACUUCAUGUUUAUCAUUAUGUAGAGGUCAAAGUAGAGCAGGAAAAAAAAUAUAAAGAAAAAUAAACUCUGAGAAAAAGAGGUAAAUUUUUGAAAAAAAGAGUUUGUGGUCAGUAUGAGGGUCGAACUCAUGACCUUCGCAUUAC